CACCGGGCCAAGGCGGCGCGGGCUGGGGGUGGACACGGUCCCCAGGGCCACCUGGAUUAUCGGGAGUCCUCUGAAAAUGGGGGUGGAGCCCUGAAGGAGCCGCUGCCCCUGGACGAGCGGGAGAAGGACGGAGCUGUGGAAGGCACCGAAUUCGGGGGCCCCCCCGAGAAACGCGAGGCUGAGAGGGGGGAGCUGGGGGGGCUCCCCAGACCCCCCCGCAGCCCCGAGGGGGGGGGGUUGGCAGCUGCUGCCCUGCAGAGAGUGGCGGCGCUGCGGCGGCUGCUGCAGGCGGGGGGGGCGCCGGGGGAGGGGCCCCCCCUGCCCGAGCAGGAUUUGGGGGGGGGUCCCGGUGUGGCCCCCCCCGAGCAGGAGCGGAGACACGCGGGGGAUGGCGCCGAGAGCGACGGGGAGCGCCCCGAGCGGGGAGCGGCAGGGGGGGUCCCCAAUGGCCCUUGGGGGUCCCCAGGGGGGCUGCCUGAGGGAGGGGGUCCCGAGCAGAGCCUCCCCCCCGGGCUGGGUCUCGCCGCUGGCCCAGCAGCCUGGCUGGGGGCUGAACUGGGAGCACUGGAGGAGGCCCUGAGGGGGCUCAAGGAAAUCGAGGACCAUUAUUGGCAGCUCUUCCUGGCCAAGCGCAGCCUCUUCACAUGAGAGCAGGAGGAUUCGCGACCCCUCCCUCAACUCGCAACUGCAGUGCCAGGAGGCGCCACCRGAAUGCAACAACCGCCGAGCCCGAUUUUUGGGGGCGUCCCCACCCCCCCUCCUUUUUUAUUUUAUGGUGGGGGGGUUCCCCCACCUCCCGCUCUGGGGGGGCGCCCCUCUGUGCCCCCCCGCGGUGCUUGUUUUGUUUUUAUACAUUUGCUGUCAUUUUAUAUAAAUUUAUAUAUAGGGUGGGAGACCCCUCCCCCAGUUUUAGCUUUUGGGGGAUGAGUGCUGAUGUACAUAAAUUUUGGGAAGGGGKGGAUGUGUCACAAAAGACACCCCCUGCUGCUUCCACCCUCUCCAGUUUAGGUGGAAAACCAAAGAAUUCAGGAAAAUGCCAAAUAAACUCAAUAUUGCUUCCACCUCGCUGGGAGUUCCUUGGGAAGAGGACAGUGGGGACCCCUCCCCAACCCACCAGGAAUCCCCCCACGCCAAGACCACCCCCCUCCCCAAAUAAAACGAGGCCG